GAUAGUGAUGAAUUUGAAGAAACAUUCACUUUGGCAUGUGUACAAACUGAUGCACUGAAGAAAGUAAAACCCCUCACUGUUGAGUUACAUGUUGAUGGCAGAUUGAUAACCUUUGAGAUUGAUACCGGCUGUAGUGUCAGUCUUAUGAGUUAGGAAAUGUACAAGGUCAGCUGGAAAGACUCUGAAGCUCCCAAACUGAGACUUACAAAAAUCAAGUUGAGAACGUAUACAGGGGAGCCAUUGGGGAUAGUGGGUGUGGCUGAUGUACAAGUAAAAUACCAGCAGCAGGAAAAGUUAAUGCCACUUGUUAUAGUGAAAGGAACAGGACCAUGCUUACUAGGACGAUCCUGGCUGGAAGAACUCCAAAUGCAGUGGAGUGAGAUAAAGCUGGUGCAGUCGGAGAUGACGUUGCAGCAGGUGCUAUUCCAGCAUGAGGAAGUUUUCAAGGAGGAGCUGGGGACAUUAAGGGGCACUACUGCUAUUCUUCAUGUGCCGACUGAUGCCACACCCAGGUUUUUCAGACCUAGAUCUGUGCCAGUUGCCCUGAAAACAAAGGUGGAGGAAGAGAUUAAUCGACUACUGCGGGACAAAAUCAUCUCACCUGUUAAGUAUUCAGAGUGGGCAGCUCCUGUUGUUCCUAUCUUGAAACCAGAUGGCAGUAUAAGAUUAUGCGGUGACUACAAACUCACAGUCAACAGAGUGUCAACAUUGGAACAGUAUCCAAUACCAAGGGUGGAGGACCUUUUUGCUCAGUUGGAUGGAGGAAAACGGUUUACAAAACUGGACAUGAGUCACGCAUACCAACAAAUUAUCAUGGAUGAAAGCUCCAAGAAAUACUUGACAGUGAAUACACAAAAGGGGUUAUUCACAUAUAAUCGGUUGCCUUUCGGAGUUGCUUCAGCUCCUGCUAUCUUCCAGAGAACAAUGGAGGGAUUGUUGCAAGGUAUUCCUGGAGUAGUUGUUUAUCUGGAUGAUAUAUUGCUGACUGGUGUAAAUCAAGAAAGUCACUUGAAGACACUGGAUGAAGUGCUGGCCAGACUGAAAGAAGCUGGUUUGCGAUUGAAACGAGGAAAAUGUGUGUUCCUGGCAGAGGAGGUGGAAUAUUUAGGCCACCGAGUAGAUGCACAGGGUUUACAUCCUAUGGCAAUUAAAGUGAAAGCUAUUGAAGAAGCACCAGAACCAAGUAAUGUUGCAGAACUCAAAGCAUACCUGGGCUUGUUGAAUUAUUAUAAUAAGUUCCUUCCAAACCUGGCAACGCUGCUAGCUCCCCUACAUCUGCUGCUGAGAAAAGAUGUUCAGUGGAUGUGGAAAAAGCCACAACAAGAAGCUUGUAAAGAAUCUAAAUCCCUACUAAAAUCAGCAGAGGUGCUAGUUCAUUACUCCUCCGAUUCCGAACUGGUUCUGGCUUGUGACGCCUCUCCAUAUGGGGUUGGUGCAGUGCUCUCGCAGCGUAGAAAAGGAGAGAGUGUGGAGAAACCCCUUGGGUUCAUGUCAAGAACACUUACGUCUGCAGAGAAGCGUUAUUCACAGUUGGACAAAGAGGGCUUAGCUGUGAUUUUUGGCAUCCAAAGAUUCCAUAAGUACUUGUAUGGUCGGGCAUUCACUAUUUGCACUGAUCAUAAGCCCUUGAUCCAUUUGUUCAAUGAAACGAAGGCAGUUCCUCAAAUGGGAUCACCCAGAGUGCAAAGGUGGGCUGUAAUGUUACAAGCAUAUCAAUAUAACAUUUUGUACAAGCCAGGAAAGUAUCAUCAAAAUGCUGAUGCUCUGAGUAGACUCCCAGUGCCAGGUGAGGGAGAACCUGACGAUACUAAUGAUCAAGUGUUGAUGAUGGACUUAAUGGAUGACUCGCCUGUAAGUGCAACACAAGUGCGGAAGUGGACGUCACAUGACAUAACACUCUCAGUGGUACAUGAGUACAUAUUAAAGGGUUGGCCUGAGAAAGUAGAGCCUCACGUGUUGCCGUACCAUCACAGGAGAGAUGCUCUGAGUGUCAAGGAUGGAUGUGUGACUUGGGGAGCGAGAAUCAUCAUUCCAUCACAAGGUCGAGCUGCUGUAUUGAAGCAGUUACAUCAGACUCAUUCCGGCAUGUCAAGAAUGAAGGGAUUGGCCCGAUCAUACAUGUGGUGGCCUGGUAUGGAUCAGGAUGUAGAGAGAGUGGUUCAGAAUUGUGAAGUAUGUCAAAGUUCCAGAAAGGCACCUGCUCAAGCUCCUUUGCACCCGUGGGAGUGGCCGGGCUCACCCUGGGAAAGACUUCAUGUAGACUAUGCAGGGAACUUCUUAGAAAGAAUGUUCCCCAUUCUGGUAGAUUCUCAUUCUAAGUGGAUGGAAGUUUAUCCUGUCACACAUGCCACGUCCCGAAUUACAAUUGAGAAACUGAGAAUGUGUUUCAGUACACAUGGAUUACCCAAAAUGUUAGUGUCAGACAACGGAACAUGUUUUACCAGUAACGAGUUUGAAAUGUUCAUGAAAAACAAUGGCAUUCAGCAUGUAACGUCAGCUCCUAACCAUCCUUCUUCAAACGGCCUAGCGGAACGUGCUGUUCAAACUUUCAAGGAGGGGAUAAAAAAAAUGAAAGGUGACACGGUGGAGACAAGAGUAGCAAGAUUCUUGUUUAAUUAUAGAAUCACUCCUCAUGCAACAUCUGGGUUGUCACCUGCUCAAAUGCUAAUGUCACGGAAGUUGAGAUCCACAUUUGAUUUACUUAUUCCUGAUAUGAAGUCCAAAAUUCUGAAAAAACAGCAGAAACAAAAAGAAAGCCAUGACAAAAGCUGCAAACUCAGAAGUUUUGAAGUGGAAGAUUCUGUGUAUGUGAGGAAUUAUGGUGGUGGACCCAAAUGGAUUCCUGCAGUAGUGGAAUGUUGUACAGGACCUCUUUCAUACAAGACUGCUCUAGGACAUGGACAAACGGUGAAAAGACAUGUGGACCAAAUAAGAAAUCGCAGUACAGAUGAGAUGUUUGAGACUGCACUACCUACAGAGAAUGAACAGGAUGGUGACACUUCUGCAUUACCUAGUGCAGAUGUUGUUAAUGCACCGGCCGAAAAGGAGAUGGCUUCCCUUGAGGAACAACCAUCACUAGAAGGGACUGUUGUAGAAAAAGAGACUAACCAACCUACAACCCUGAGAAGGUCUGCAAGAGAGAGACGUGCUCCGGCUCACUUAAAAGACUAUGUUGCAUGA